UUAAAGGAUAUAUUUAAAAAAUAAAAACAGGUACUGAUUUAAAGUGAAUUAAGAAUAAUCUAAUAAGAUUCAAAAUGUCUACCGAAAAAUCUUUUUCAACUCGAGGGACCUUGUCCACCUUGCAUGAGCAGGAUGAAAAUCUUAUCCCUGGACUUCCGGAGAAACUAAUCACGUGCCCAGUGUGCAAGAAGACGCUGAAAACGCCGAAGUGCCUACCGUGCCUCCACUCGGUAUGUAUGAAAUGCUUGCAUGCGCACAUCAUGGCAUCCGGGCGCCUCGGGAAAACGUUUCCGUGUCCGGUUUGCGGGGAGUCAACUCCCGCGCCGGCGGUAGAUCUAAAAGCAGAAGAAUGGGCAAAGCAUUUUACGUCCAAUCCUUUGGUUGAUACCGUAAUUGACGCAAUAGAGCUGCGAAAAGGGGACCGGAAAUGCGACCCUUGUCGGACAAACCGGAAACGUGCUCUGGCAAUCACGUGGUGCAGCUCGUGCAGGGAGGCUCUCUGUUCCACAUGCACAGGCAGUCAUCGUGGCAUGCGCUUGACACGUGGUCACGCCUUAAUCGAUCUUAGCACAAUCGCGUCACAACCGGUGGCUGCCAUCAUACAAGACGAAAAAUGUCCGGAUCACGGCGAUCAAUUUCUUGUCUUCUAUUGUCGCGACCACCGUCAACAAUGCUGCCCAACUUGCGCCAUUGCCGUCCAUCGUCGUUGUGAGAAUGUCCUUGAAAUGUCUAAACUUGGAAAGGAUAUUCGCACUCAAGGAAAAGCAGACAAGUUACUUAAACGUCUGCAUGCUUGUAUUGAAGAGCAACAAACCGCUCUUUUAAACAAAGGAGAUGCAAGAGAUGCACUGGUAUCUAAGAAAAUUGAUACACUUAAAGAAAUUCGAGAUCUGAAAAUUAAAAUUGUAGAGCUACUUGACGAUAUGGAGACUGCUUUCAUAAAGGAGUUUGAUUUGUUGCACCAAGAACACGAGCAUGAGCUGAAAGCAUCCAUAGACGCAGGAAAUAGAAUUACUGGAACAAUGGAAAACACUGCAUCUAUGCUGCAAGCGGCCAUCACUCAUGCAUCUGACUCCCAACUCUUCACAACAUUUGAAAAGAUACAAGAUGAGUGUAGAAGAUAUGAGAAAUACACAUUAGAAAACAGGAAAGAAUGCAAAGAGCUUGUUUAUACCUUCAAAAUGGACGAACGGUUGCGGUCGGUCGCAACAACGGUGAGGAAGUUUGGCCAUCUUUCAAUUCAAAACGACGAAGGUUCAUCAAAACCACUGCGAGAAUGUUCAGUACGAGAGACAAGCAUAUUUGGUGCAAGAACACCCUUCGACGACCUACGAGGCGUUGACGCAUUUCACAACGGUGACGUCAUAAUCUCAGACCGGAUGAGCAAAUCCGUCCUCCUUUUCCGCAACAGCGGAGAGUUCGUCAGUCAUGUGAAUUUCAACGCGCGCCCCUGGGGUGUGGCGGUUCUUGGUGUCCGUACCGCGUGCGUCUCACUUCCGGAAUCGCGGGAAAUCCACAUUCUGAAAUCUUCAUACACGAGCCUAGAAGACUUCAGGACCAUCAGCACGGGCAUCAGUUGUUUUGCGCUCACCAACUUUGUGGGAGAGUACCUGGCCAUUCAGCACCGAGAGGAGAAAGAGGAAAAGGGGCGUGUCCAAAUCGCACAGUCGGACAAACAGCUGACUCACAAGGUGGCCAUUGACAUCACUGCCAACCAUGACAAUAUACAGGGCAUCACAUACGACGAGGCUACAAGCAAGAUCUACAUCUCUACGGACUUCGACGCCGUGGAGUGCUACAACGCUAGGGGGCGUCUCGUCUUCCGAAACGCGUACAAGGGAUACGGGGACUUCCGGGGGAUGGCGGUGGACAAGGAGAGCACCGUUUACGUCGCCUCACACGCAGGGAAGGGUAUUCUGCAACUAAGUGGGGAGGGAGAACGUAUCCGAAUGAUUCCUACCUCGCCAUUGGCUCCCCUGGAUAUCGCCAUUGUGCCACGCGCCAACAAGAUGGUGGUCGUCGGUAGAAGCGAUAUCGUCUACAUCUACACAUUCCGUUGACAAAGCUUUUCCAUGUUCUUUAUAUUGGCGUCCAUAUAGAGAUGUUUGAAUUAUAUAGUGUGUUUUUGUGAAACAGUUCUGGCUGUGACAUCAUUAGCUGAUAUGUUAUUUUGUAUCUUUAUUGAAGGUGUCUGAUGUUGAAAACCGAAUUUGUGUUUCUUGAGAGUUUUGUACGGGGACGAAAGUAGUGGGGCGAAAAGGCUAAAAUUUGUUGCGGGCGAGACUACGAUAACGCGUCAUAUGACGCCGCGAAAAUGACAAGUUGCAGGGCGAAAAUGCUCCGCAUUUAUCAUUAUUUCGCAUUUUCUCCCCACACUUGGCGCAUUUUUGCACCACCAUGUGGCUUUUUUUCACAUUGCCGCCCAACCAUGUGACGAGUAUUCGCGAAAGGGCCGUAAACAUGAAAUGGCAGAAAUAAGCCACCCUACUUUUGUAUGAAAUUGGAUAACAAUGUAUAUAACUGACAGUCUAAGCGAUCUUUCUUUU